AUGGGUCCGGAUAGGGACCAGAGAUACGAUGCCGUGCCCCCGAUACCCUCGUACGACGAGGCCAUCGCCGGGGGGAGCCGGUCGGCCUCGGAUGGCGAUUGGCAACGCCGCGACGACCACCCGAGCUCUGCCGACAUAGAAGCCGAGUCGCUCCUCAGCUCUCGACAAGCCUUUCCGUUUUCUACUUCGACACACAAUGGCCGCGGCCGACGACCCCAGGGCUAUCGGCCCCCGACCGUCGAAAGCGAGGACGAGGACAGCCUGUUUGGAUCCGAUACCGACACCGACGCCGAAGCCGAUCACGUCCGUCGAGAGAUGCAGGAACUCGAGGUGGACGACUCAGACGAGCGCUCACGGAAUCGCUCGUCCUGGGGCAAGCGGAUUGGGUUUUCCCUCUCUCUGCCGCAAUGGCGCUGGAGGUGGAGGUUACCGCGCCUAAGCAUCAGGCUCGGCGAAAAUCAGAGCGGCGGCACAACGGAGGGCAACGAGGAGACCCCACGGCGGCGGUUUGCUUUCCCGGCUUUCGGCAGCACAGCGCUCUUCUUGCUCAUUGGCCGGGCACUGGCCAUAUUACUGGUGUUGGGCUUCUUGUACCUCCUCUUCAUGAGCGACAUUCUCACCAACAUGACAGGCCGCAUGAACAGCCGGAUGUUCGACCCCGAGGCCGUGCGGAGCCACGUGCAGGGCAGCGUGGAUCCGGUGAAGAUACGGGAAAACCUAAAACAUUUCACGAGCUUCGCGCACAUUGCAGGGACAGAAGGCGACUAUGCGUUGGCCGAGUACACCGAAAAGCUAUUCCAGCGGUAUGGACUGGAGGACGUGACUACGGACGUUUACCAUGUCUAUAUGAACUACCCCACGGCCGACGGAAGAGCGGUCCAAAUCAUGGGCCCCGACGACAAACCGGUCUGGUCGGCCACUCUGGAAGAGGCGGAAGUAGGUGGGGAGACGGCUGGCCGACAAACCUUUGCUUUCCACGGCCAUUCGAAAGCCGGCGAUGUCAAGGGACCGUUGAUAUACGCGAACUACGGAUCGCGAGAGGAUUUCAAGGCACUACAGGACAGCGGCAUCGAUACGAGCGGUGCCAUUGCCUUGGUCAGAUACUACGGCACGCAGGGCGACCGGGCAUUGAAGGUCAAGGCUGCCGAACUGGCCGGGUUCGCUGGCUGUCUCAUCUACAGCGAUCCUGCAGACGACGGCUUCUUGAAGGGUGAGGUCGCGCCCAAGGGCCGGUACAUGCCAUCCGAUGGCGUGCAAAGAGGGGCUGUCAGCUUAAUGAGCUGGGUUGUUGGCGAUGUCUUGACUCCAGGCUGGGCAAGCAAAGAAGAAGAGCCGCGCAUGAGGGUCGACCAGACACAGGGCUUGGUCAAGAUUCCCAGUCUUCCUCUGGCGUGGCGUGACGCCGUUGUUCUCCUGAAACAUCUCAAAGGAUUCGGCCAGCGUGUACCCCAGGGCUGGGAAGGUGGUGUGCCUGACGUCGGCGAAUGGUGGACCGGUGAUCACACGUCGCCAAUUGUGCGCCUGAAAAAUGAGCAAGACGAAAACACCAAGCAGCCAAUUUGGAACGUCUAUGGCCGUAUCAAGGGUGCCGAACAGCGGGAGAAGAGAGUCAUCAUUGGCAAUCACCGUGAUUCUUGGGCAUUUGGCGCCGCAGACCCUCACUCUGGAACGGCCGUGAUGCUUGAGAUCGCCCGCAUCUUUGGUGACCUGUUGGCGCGCGGUUGGCGGCCGUUGCGCACGAUCGAGUUCAUGUCCUGGGAUGGCGAGGAAUACAACUUGAUUGGCUCGACUGAAUACGUUGAGCAGAAUGAACAAUCUCUGCGCGACGAUGCGGUGGCGUACAUCAAUCUCGACACUGCCGUGACUGGCGAUACUUUCCGUGCCGCCGGUUCGCCCGUGUUUCGCAAGCUUCUCCUCCAGGUUCUCAACCGUGUCGGAGAUCCCAACUACAACACGACGCUGCGCGACCUCUGGGAUCGACGACAGGGUCAGCUCGACGGCCUUGGUGCCGGCUCUGACUACGUCGCGUUUCAAGAUAUUGUUGGAACUUCGUCGCUGGACCUGUCUUUUGACGGCGGGAGGUUUCCGUAUCACUCCAGCUACGACAACUUUGAGUGGAUGGACACCGUGGGCGAUCCUGGUUUUGUGUACCACACGUUACUCGGGCAGAUUCUUGGCCUCCUCAUCUUGGAGCUCGCCGACCGCCCAGUCUUGCCGUUUGACAUGCCCGCAUACGCCGACAGUCUGUCUCACUGGAUUGACGACCUAGAGUCGUGGAACAAAAACGACAAGGACGCGAACCAUGGUGGAACCAACCCAAUUGACUUUAGCCUUCUGAAGACGGCUUCCAACAAUGUCGCCAUGUCGGUACGCGAGUUUGAGAAGUGGGAGGUCAGCUGGGAAAACAACGUGGUAGCGGCCAGCGGGUGGGAGCCAGCCGGGCUGGGGAAGAAACGAGCUGAAUACAACAGCCGCAUGGCGUUGUUCGAGACAGAUUUGCUGGACUCUGUAGGCGUACCCAACCGCACGCAGUUCAAGCACGUCGUCUUCGGGCCUCAGCUAUGGUCCGGGUACGACGAGGCCUUCUUCCCAUCAAUCCGGGACACCAUCGUGUCGGGCAACUGGACUCUUGCCAAAGAGACCGUCGAUCGCGUUGCGGGCGUCAUUAUGAAGGCCGCGGCGAACCUCGUGAUAUGA